UGGUGGCAAGAUGACAAGUAGCUCCCAAGCAAUCUGUGUUUUCGCCCAACGGACACUUUAGUUGUGUUGAAAAAGACAACACAGAUUAGCUAUGCCUGACGGUGAGCCUUGGGUUGGCUCCUGGAGGCCCCACAAGCCCAGAGGACCCAUAGCUGCUCUCUAUGGGAGCCCAGGGCCCAAAUAUGCCCUACCUGGACUCAUCGGUAUUGAUAACCAUGACCCCUGCAGACUGAAAGCGCCAGUGUUUAGUUUUGGAACGCGCCACGGGCUGAUCGGCGCAGACUGCUCCCCAGGACCCAGGUACCUGGUCCCCGCCAACAUCACCAGGGUGGGCCGGUCUGGAACCCCAGCCUACUCUCUGUACGGGCGCUACAAGGAACCCAUGCGCUUCGAUAUCCCUGGUCCAGGUCAAUACUCACCCGAAAAGGCUGGAAGGUCACUCUACUACUCUGCGCCAGCUUUCUCUCUGACUGGCAGGAGCAAGGACUUCAACAAUGACAAGACGCCUGGCCCUGCUGCAUACAUGCUGCCCUCUGUGCUGGGCCCCGGGACAGUCUGCAAGACAGCAGCCCCCAACUACUCCCUCUGUGGACGCAGCAAGGUCGGCAGCUUCCAUGAAGACCUGCAGAAAACCCCCGGCCCUGGGACCUAUAAGGCAGUGGACCCUUCCUUCUUCAAAUACAAACCUCCUCAGUAUAGCAUGACGGGACGGAACAGCAUGUCUGGGGACAACACCAAGAAACCAGGCCCUGGAGCGCAUCGGCCCGAGAAGGUGACUUGCACCAGAAUUACCGCUCCCAGCUUCUCCUUUGGAGUGCAUCAUUCUCAGUUCACAGUACCUCUGAUCAUCAAUGUUGCUGAGUAGUUUUCCUUAGAAGAGAAUGAAAUCCGUUCUUUGCGUUUAUCAGCAUUCUUCAGAGAAUAAAAACUCAUAAGAACAAUAAAAUGAGAACG